AUGCCCUCCAGGAAGGUGGCGGGCGCGUGCUGCGCCGUCGAGGACGUGGGCCUUAUAUUUCAACAGAUUCACAAAAGCGCCGCACACUUUCAUAAAUGCAGGACGAAACUACUAGCCUAUGCCGAUGCAAAUUGUACAGGCAUCAUAGACGCCGUGUGCCGCGUGGCGCUACUUGUGUUGAAGGAAUCCCCGCGGCUUGCAUCGGACUCCCUCAAGCGUCACCACAGCUUUCUUACAGAUGUGUGCAAGGGGUUUCGCGAGCAUUUUAAAUCUGACGAGAUUGCCGUUGCUUUGAUGAGAACCGUGGAGCCGUUUCACAACGCCAACGACAAGACUGUGCGUCUUGGUGUUGUUUCUGUGUUUGAUGCUUUACUGAAGACCGUGGAUCAAACCAACACCUCGGAGGAACGACAGAACUUUUACCAGAAUGUGGCGGAGAUGCUGAAACUACGGGUUCAUGACAAAUUUCCAGCGGUACGUGAGCGGGCUGUUUCUGCCGUCUCGUGCUUUCAGUCAGGCAAGAAAGAUUGCGACGUUACACAACAACUUAUGGCACUGUUGUGCACAGAUAAUUCUGCUGAUGUGCGGCGCCAGAUACUCCGGUGCAUAUGCGCACGAAAAGAGUUCCUUGAGGGCUAUUUUCAUGGAAUGAUUCGCUGCGUGCGUGACGUUGUGUCGCGUGUACGGGCCGAGGCUUGGGAUGCUCUUAGCCGAUUUCAUUGGAAAUAUCUUGCUGCCUAUGCCACGGCAAAGAACAUCCUUUUACCCGAUUUGAUUCAUCAAGGCCUUUCCGACGCAAGUAGCUCUGUAGUCAUCGCCUGCAGAGCAGCCUUGACGAACUGCUGGUUACAUCGCGACUACAGGAACGAUUGCGAGGCCAUGCUGGAACUCGUUCUCACCGGCAGAGGCGGACUUGAGCCGUACGAGACGCUCUCCACCGAUAUGCUGCUGUACUGCCGCAAGCACAGGAAUGCAAAGACGCAUGUGGUGAAUUUUGAUUCCGUGAGUGCUGCAUCGCUUCUACUUUGGAAGGCGAAUGCGAAGCUGGCGGCGGAUACAGAAGGCGAUGAUGAGACGGCUGUCCUGCUGCCACUGCCACAGUUUAGCACGCUACUGCAGGAGACCGUGUACGCCUACGCCCGGCCUGACGUAGAUCCCAAAACGGUGAACUUCAAGAAUAUGGACGAGGUGGAUAUUAUUUUGCGCAUCCUCCUCUCUGCUUUUGAUGUCUAUGAGGAAAACGGUUACUUGGCACACGCUGAUAACACCACCCGCAGCAGUCUUCUGCGCAUUAUUGGGUUUCUUCUCAAGGUGGUCCCGGAUGACGACCCCGCACUGUUUGUCGACGUGGCUGUCCGCUCACUGAAGUCGCUGACAGGACGAACCCCAGAGGAGGCAACGAAGACAAUUACCUCUUCACUCGAUUCACUCUUUCGCAGCCUGAAGUUGCCACAAAAGUACGCUCUCGGCUACGACGAUGUGGAGGCGUUUGGAAGGAAAAGCCGAGAGCGACAACGAGAGUUGUUCCGCCUUCGUAUGAAGCUUCGCGGCGGGGAGACAUCCCAGGAAGAGUACGAUCAGCUAAAGGAGGAGAUGGACAGAGACGAGAAGUUUUUGCUGCGUAUGCAGUUUAUUGUGUUGGCGUUUCUCUCCCACUCUCAACGGGGGGACACCAUUCCCACCUUCUGCUCCCACAUUAUCCAGCUGGGUCGACAGCAGGAUAAUGAGGCUGUGAAGGUUGCUUCCACCACGUCACUGGGGCUGCAGUGCCUCGUCAACCCUGACACCGUGCAUACGUUUAUGCCACUCAUUUUGAGUGAUGCGAAUGAAAUUGUGGGGAGUUCAGAUCGAUGUGUCGCGCUUGCGGCUCUGGGGGUAGUCUUUGAUCUGGUGAUGGAAUACGGCCUGCGCUUCUUUGACUGCUCUGCACGUGACGCUGGUCACAGUAGCCAUUAUAUGCAUGCCGGUGCCGCGGAAUUGGGUACGGUGACGACCACCACAAAUACAGCAGGAACGACUGCAACGGAUAUUUUCUCGUCUAGUGGUGGAGCUGGUCUCACUGCAGGUGACAUGGAUGGACGCUUGCAUCACGAGCGUGCUCUCGCUCAGGAAGAUGAACAUAAAGUGGGUGGCAACAACAUUCUAAACACGUUACGCUCGUUUCUGCGCUCGCACUGUGCUGAGCGGAACCCAAUGGUUGUGGUUGGAUUUUGCAAGCUGCUUAGCUGCAAUCGUGUUCCUCAUGCUCAGGUGCGGGAAAUCCUUGCUGAUAUUUUGAUGCAUUACGUGGCAUACCGCCAGGAGGAGAAGGGUAAUGUCCGUGCGGCGUACAUGAUAGAUUUUCUAAACAAAUUUUUCUACAGCUUUGCAUCCAGUCAUCCAAACCGGCAAGUGGCAUUUGCCCAGGGUGGCAUGCUUGCCUUUACGGCACUCUUACGGCACAAUCCUGUCGUUGCCAUGCACCUCAUGGAGGUUGUUACGCGACUCUCUGACGCGUAUGUCCUUGUGCAGAUUCGUGAGAUUGAUCCAGCGACGGCAAGGCAGGUUGCACGUCUGGCCGAAGGAGGGAAUCCGUCUAUGGAAGAUUCUACACUAAAUAAAAACGCUUCGGCUCGCUCUACAGCGACGCGUACUUCUACACGAUGUAGUCGUCUCUUGCGGGAGCUAAGUCGGUUUUCCCUGCACGAGUACAUUGCCAGUGAACUCCUUAUUGAACUUGCACAAACAGGUUCUGGAGAGGCGGCGGAGGCAUGUCUUGACACCUUGGAGAAGCGCAUGUACUUCUACGCGAAGGAGACACCCAGCUGGCUUUUUUUCUGUGCUAACCGCGCCCUUAAUGCAAUGUGCAGUACUCUACAGAGUCGUUUGCAGAAGUGGCACGAUGACGUGUGUGCCCGUUUCCCGCCAUGUACAGACAGUGAUGUAGCUGCCAACGAUGCCAACGUGGCGAAGUGGCAAGAGGCGUUGGAGAUACGAGAGCGUGCCGUAGAGAAAAUACUUGACAGUGACAUUGCUAAAUUUGUUUGCCAGACCAUUCGAGGUGUGCCGCCAGAGGAGGGCUCUGAGGUAGUGUCGUCAGCAGUCAAGAUGGAAAGGAAACGCGAAAGAGAGACUGAUGUGACAUUUGGCAUCAACUCGAUGGUGACACGUCAGCGAAGGGUGCGUCGCUAG